AUGCGGGCGCUCACAUUCGAGGUCUGUCCUGACCUCGUCGACACUCUGAUCCGACUCUCCUCGCAUGACACACAGCUUCGGCUUCGCCUCGUCAGCAAGUCUUACCGCAAUGCCAUCGAUCGCGAGCACUUGCGUCACAUCGUCUUGACGCCUUACGGUGACGGCGCGCGCGUCCGCGGUCCCACCCGUGCCAUUGCUGCACUGAACAAGCUCGGCCCCGGCAGCUGGUCGCAGCUGCCUGAGCAUCCCCUCCGCGCUCUGGGACAGCACGUCCGCAUCAUCGAUGUUCGCGGCUUCUUCCCUGCCACUACCAACCUGGCCCUCCUUCGCGACGCUUUCCCCAACUUGACCAUGUUCCGCCUCACCACAAUGGACGGGUCGUACACCCCCUAUGUCCCCUUUGAGGCCGAGACGAUGGUUGUGUUCACCUCGCCCGAUGGUGGUGUGCCCAACCCCAAGCCAUACGUGCCCGGUUUGGAUGACGACUAUGACGACUACGAUGAGGAGCCCGUCAUCCCGGCCAACGUGCCCCGCAUGUCUGAACGCAUCACCAAGAUCAUUGUCAACAUGAGCGGCGACGACUAUCCCGUCGCGGACAUGUUUCGCUGCGUGCUCGACCCGCCUCCCCACAUCAAGGACAUCAUCAUCUUCAUCCCGCGCUACAUCACGGACACCUUUGUCUUCCCUGACGGAAGUAAGGGACACCGCGCCGGCCUGAUGGGGCACACAACUUGCGUCGAGAACAUCAUCGCCAUGGACCUCGCCGAGCUCAUGAUCGGCGUCCCUCACGUGCGCUACACGCUCAUCGGGGCUGAGGACAUUCCCUGGCCCAAGGAGCGCUUCCGCCGCCUUGUCCGCACCCACCUCUCCGGGUUCGGGUACGGCGAGGUCGAGUAUGGCGACGACAGCCCGACUACCGAGUGUUCGAUCGAGACGGGGCGCAAGAUUGUUCUCCCCAAGAAUCCCAAAACUCGCACCAAGCACCUGGCCAAGGUCGACGAGGAGCUGAGCAAGCUGACGCUCCUCAACCUCGAUGAGUAUAUCGGUAUUCACGGUCUGGAGAGGACCAUGCAGGAGACACUCGAGUACAGUGGAGAGCUGGAGAGGGAACCCAGGAGGGGCAUAGUGCCUGGAGACCUCAGGAGGAUGGGUCCCGCUGGCAAGAACCCGCCGGUGAGUUUCACAGACCAGAUGGUUCGAGCUGACGAUGCAGAAGGAGAUCUAGCCUGA